CACAGCAUCGUUUGCUUCUUUCAUAUACUAUUGGUAGUAAUUCUAAAUAUUUUACCACUUUGCUGAAUUCACACCAGUACUCAUACAUUCCUGCUUCUAUCUUUGGAUCCAACCGCCAUUCAACCUUGUCAACUCCAAAGGCUCUUGAACAACCCAAAAUCAUGACUGAUCCAGCCGCUGCCACUCUUAGUGGUGAAUCUACUACCAAGUCAAAGAAUGAGGCCAAGAAUGAGGCCAAACGUCUUGAAAAACUCGCCAAAUUCCAGGCUAAACAAGCCAAGCAAGCUGCUACAGAGAAAGCGCCAAAAAAGACGGCUGAGCCCAAGACUGCUGCUCCUGCUGCCAAAGAAAUCGAGCCCUUUGUCAAUCUCACUCCAAAGGGAGAGAAAAAAGACAUGGCCGCUCCUAUGGCAUCUUCCUAUAAUCCAAAGGCCGUCGAGGCCGCUUGGUACGAUUGGUGGGAAAAGGAAGGCUAUUUCAAGCCUGAACUCAAGCCUGAUGGAACUGCAAAGGACGAGGGCACAUUCGUUGUUCCCAUUCCACCACCCAAUGUCACUGGCUCGCUGCACAUUGGACACGCUUUAACCAACGCUAUUCAGGAUGCUAUGAUUCGCUGGAACCGCAUGCAAGGAAAAACUACGUUGUGGGUUCCUGGUGCAGAUCACGCUGGUAUAUCUACUCAGGUUGUUGUCGAGAAAAAGAUUAUGCGUGAACGUGGUAUUACUCGCCAUCAGCUUGGUCGUGAUGCGUUUCUCGAAGAAGUGUUCAAGUGGAAAGAUGUCAACAUUCAUAAUAUCUAUAAUCAGCUUCGUCGUAUGGGAUCUUCCUUUGACUGGACUCGUGAUCACUUUACUAUGGAUGCGGGACUAUCAAAUGCUGUUAAAGAGGCAUUUGUUCAAAUGCACGAGGAUGGUACUAUUUACCGUGCAAACCGUCUUGUCAAUUGGUGCACAAAACUCAAGACUGCUCUUUCUAACCUUGAAGUUGAGAACAAGGAGCUUGAUGGUAGCACGUUUAUGACUGUGCCCGACCACGAUCCAUCCAAAACAUACGAGUUUGGUGUGCUGAUUUCCUUUGCCUAUCAAAUUGAAAACUCGGAUGAACGCAUUGUUGUGGCCACCACACGUUUGGAAACCAUGCUGGGUGACACUGCCAUUGCCGUACAUCCAUCUGAUAAACGCUACCAGCAUUUGCACGGAAAAUAUGCAAUUCAUCCAUUCCAAAAUCGUCGCAUUCCCAUUCUGCCUGAUGAAUAUCCCGAUCCUGAAUUUGGUACUGGUGCCGUGAAAAUCACUCCUGCUCAUGACGCCAACGAUUACAUGGUUGGUCAACGUCAAAAACUAGAAAACAUCACUAUAUUCACUGACGACGGCAAGAUCAAUGAAAAUGGUGCUCCGUUUACUGGCUUGCAGCGAUUCGAUGCUCGUGCUGCCGUUCUUGCUGCUCUCAAGGAAAAAAAUCUAUAUGUAGGCACAGAGUCCAACAAACAGGUUCUUCCCAUUUGUACUCGUUCUGGAAACAUUAUAGAGCCCUUGCUGAAACCCCAAUGGUGGGUCAACUGCCAAGAGAUGGCUGGUCAAGCUAUGGAUGCCGUCCGUAAUGGUGACAUGAAAAUUGCUCCAGCUCUUUCUGAACGCGAAUGGUUUCGCUGGCUUGAUAACAUUCAAGACUGGUGCAUCUCUCGCCAGUUAUGGUGGGGUCAUCGUGUUCCUGCUUACUUUGUCUGCAUCGAUGGUGACGAAAAUGAUCGUGAUGACUCCAACAGGUGGGUAUCGGGCCGAUCAGAAGAUGAAGCCAGGAUCAAGGCAAUCAAAAAGUUUGAAACCGUAGACCCUGCAAAGAUAACUUUGUUCCAGGAUGAGGAUGUGCUUGAUACAUGGUUUUCUUCUGGUCUUUGGCCCUUUUCCAUUAUGGGAUGGCCCGCAAAGACAAAAGACAUGGAACUGUAUUUUCCAAACACCUUGCUCGAAACUGGAUGGGAUAUUUUAUUCUUUUGGGUUGCUCGUAUGGUUAUGAUGUCGCUCAAAUUUAACGGAGUCGUUCCUUUUAAACAAGUAUUCUGCCAUGCCAUGAUCCGUGAUGCUCACGGUCGUAAAAUGUCCAAGAGUUUGGGUAAUGUAAUUGAUCCCAUUGAUGUGAUUGAGGGUGUCACACUGCAGCUUCUCCAAGAACGUCUAGAAAAGGGCAAUCUUGAUCCGCGUGAGCUUGUUCGUGCUCGCGAUGGUCAAAAAAAAGAUUUUCCUAAUGGCAUUCCCGAAUGCGGCACUGAUGCUCUCCGCUUUGGACUUUUGGCGUACUCUGCUAGUGGUCGAGAUAUCAAUCUUGAUAUUCUUCGUGUGGAUGGAUACCGCAAGUUUUGUAACAAACUGUGGAACGCAACUCGAUUUGCUCUUCUUAAACUUGGCGAAGAUUACAAGCCUCGUGCUACCCACAAUCAACUCACUGGCAAGGAAUCCGUUGUUGAUCUAUGGAUCUUGGCCAAGCUUAACAAAGCCAUUGCCGAGACAAACACGAGUAUGGAGCAGAUGAAUUUUAUGCAAGCUACAACUGGAAUGUAUCAGUUUUGGUUGCACGAGCUCUGUGAUGUGUAUCUUGAAGUAUGCAAACCUGUCAUUGAUGGCGAAGACAUUCAGGCCAAGGAAGCUGCUCAAGAUGUGCUAUACAUUUGUUUGGAGCAAGGUUUAAAGCUUUUGCAUCCUGUUAUGCCAUUUGUAACUGAAGAGCUAUAUCAGCGACUUCCCCGUCGUGCUGGAGACGCACCACACACCAUCAUGAAGGCCAAAUUCCCUACUACUCUGUCUAUUUGGGAAAACUCUACUGCAGAAUUUGACUUUGAAGUUACCAAUGAGGUUAUUCGUGGUAUUCGAUCGCUCAUGACAGAAUACAAUAUUCGUUCCAACGCGACCAUAUAUGUCAGUGCAUCGAAUGAGCAUUUGCGCACAGUAGUUGAUUCACAACAGACGAUUAUCAAAUCACUUGCCAAGGGCAUCAAGGUAUUCGAAACGGUUGCUGUAAAUGGACAAGCUCCUGCCGGUUGUGUUGUGUCUACUCAAUCCAACACCACGGUUUACCUGCUUGUCAAAGGUCAGAUUGACUUUGAUGCAGAGAUUGCCAAGCUGAAUGCAAGGAUUUCCAAGGUGCUUCAGAUACACAAGGGGCUGAGUGCAGUCAUGGCGGGUGAUGGAUACGCUAGCCGCGUCAAGCCCGAGGUCAAGGAGAGUGAUGCUCUAAAGAUGAAGGGUGGCUCGGAACUUGAUCCAACUAGCCCUGAUGCUGGAUUGCAGAAAAGUCAAGGCACUGAGGUGUGA